AUGGCGCCCCGGAAACAGCCCAAAACAUGCCAACACACAUCCAUCGUCGUCGACGCCUCAGCCUACGGCCGCUCCAGGGCAGGGUUCCUCCGCGUACCCGUUGAGAAACGUGUCGCGGCGACGACGAGGUCUGGGAGGGUUAUCCCGGUUGCCGAUGCCGGUGCUGGUACCUCCAAUUCCACUGUCUCCAACAACCCCGGCCGCGGCCCCGGCCCCGGCUCCGGAUCUGACGGCCCCGCACCGCCUGACCCCUCCACUUUUCCCGGCCCGCUCGUCCUCCCCGACGACGACCUCGCGCUGGAACCGCGGUAUCCGCCGCAGAGUUUGAGGGCGUGGGCUUCCGGGGAGUGGAGGAAUCGGAUUACAGGAGGGAGGAAGACUUUGUAUGUUGCCGAUUUUCCGGGUGUCGAGGGGGAAGUUGGGUUCAUGAGGGAGUGGGAGGUUCCUGUUUUGGAGGGCGGUACGGCGGAUAGUUUGGGGCAGCCGAAGGUGGAGGAUGUGGUCUCGUAUUUUGAGGCGUUUUACCAUCCUCUUCCGGUGAACGUUCUUCCUACUGCGUUUAGGUUUGUCAAGUGGGAUGACGAGGGCGUUCCUCGGGGGAAGGCGAAGGAGAAGAUGGCCUUCAUGAUUGGUCUCGCAACGGGAUCUUCCGUCGUCGGAAUCAGAUGUCGCCCGUCACCCGACGACUUUGCAAAAUACCAACUCAACCUCAACGACCUCCUCGACGCCCUCUCAGGGGUACUCCCGGGCGAUGCGUAUGCCGCGUGUAUGCUUAUCGCGCAGGAUCUAUACGAAGACGAAGAUGAUGACUUUUGUUGUGGACGGGCGUUUGGGGGUAGUAGGAUUUGUACGGUCAGUUCGUUUCGGUAUCGGCCGGCGAUGGAUGGGGUUAUGGGGGUUGAGAGGGGGCAUGGGUGGCCUGCGAGCCAUUGUGGGCGGUUUGUGAUGGAGGCGUGUGAGUGGUGGGAGGAGAAGGAGGAGAUGGAGAGGGGGAAGAAGGAGGGCGGUGGUGAGGUUCUUGUUGAUUUGAGGAAGGUGAAGGGGACGGCUAUGGGCGCUGCUAUUUCUGUGUCGAGGAACGUUCUUGUUCCGAGGGAGGUGUCGCGGAAUAAGAAGCAGGCGGACGAGGAUUUGUACGGCAUGUGGUUUUCACGUGUUGCGAGGACGGCGGUUCAUGAGGUUGGGCACUGUCUUGGGAUGGAUCAUUGUGUUUACUAUGCUUGCGUUAUGCAGGGGACAGGUGGGUUAGGUGAGGACUCGAGGCAGCCGCCGUACUUUUGUCCUGUUUGUGAGGCUAAGUUCAUAUGGGGUUUGGGGGAGAUGGGUGUUGUUGAAGGGGGAAGGGGCGGAAGGUGGAUGGAGGGGCGGAUGAGGGAGGUUGAGAGGGAGAGGAUGGAGGUUAUGAGGGCGUUUUCUCUAGUUUAA